GCCAACCAAACGGCAAUACUGGCUACACUGCCAUUAUGCUCUCGAGUGACAGUUAUGCUGCCACUGCGUUGACGCAUAUGUUGCAGUCAGUAGAUUACCGCCAGUCCAGCUAGAGAGAGAUUCAGAACAGUUGUCUAACAGGACAGACAACUUCUUUUAUUGUGUCUUGUGUAACAUGUCUUUAUUAAGUAUUAAAGUAUAGUGGUUCAGUUUUAAAAUGUGUCUAUUUAUUACUUGUCUGUAAGGACACGCAAAUACUGUUCUCUGCUGUCCAACCACACACACACACAAGAUACAACAGUGGCGACGAGUCCAGUGGAAAAGUGAUAAAAGCUAACCUCACUUUCACAUCACCCACGUGCAACAAGACAAAAGGAUGAGUAUCCCGAAUGGACAGCAGCAUGCCUUUCUGCAGCAACAAGGCCAACAGCAGCAAGUUCCUCCAGCUACGGAUGAGCUCCUUCGUCAGUGUUUGCACCUGAUGACACAAGUUCUCCAGCAACAGCAGAACAGUCAGCAGUCACAAGAGAACUUCAUCAGGCAAGUCGUUUCGGAAGUGCAUGCGGGCGCAGCACCCAGUCCGGAACAAAUUCUUGAUUCCCUUGCUGGGAAUAUCAAGGAGUUCCGCUACGACGCGGACAGUAGCAUCACGUUUGCAGCCUGGUUCACGAGGUACGACGAGCUGUUCGAAAAGGAUGCUGCUCGGUUGGACGACCAAGCGAAGGUCAGAUUGCUGCUCAGAAAGCUGGGAACAUCUGAACACGAAAGGUACGUCUCUUUUAUUCUGCCGAGAACACCGAAAGAACAUACUUUUGCAGACACGGUCGCAAAAUUGAAAAGUUUGUUCGGGGCGAAAGAGUCGGUGAUCAGCAGGCGAUACAGAACCCUUCAGAUCGCUAAACAACCGACCGAAGACCACAUAGCUUAUGCCUGCCGUGUGAAUAAGCUCUGCGUCGAGUUCGAGCUGGGAAAGUUGUCAGAGCAACAGUUCAAGUGCUUGAUGUUCGUGUGCGGACUAAAGUCUGAGCGUGAUUCAGAGACUCGGACCCGACUCCUGUCACGGAUUGAGGAGAACAAUAACCUCACGUUGGAGCAAUUAUCGAAUGAAUGCCAGCGUCUCAUCAAUCUCAAACACGAUAAUGCUAUGAUCGAAUCUGCUGCAUCUUUCGAUCAGGUUAAUCAGCUCAAGCAGAAAUAUGACAGCAACCGUAACAGACAUCAGCUGUCUCCCAGGUCAGAUGCGAACAACACAAAGCGGAAACCCGAUACUCCGUGCUGGUAUUGUGGUGCGUUCCAUUAUGUUCGUGACUGCCCGUACAAGAACCGUCAAUGUCCCGAUUGUAGUCGGUACGGUCAUCGUCAAGGAUACUGUGCAAGUUCCAAGAAGAAGAAGAGAGGUGGAAAACGUUCGGUUGCCAGCAAGGUUGUCGUUGUCAACAUGUGCAACGUGCAGAGGCGGCGAAAAUUUGUCUCCGUUGUGCUAAAUGGAACUCACAUCCAUCUUCAGUUAGACACAGCGUCCGACAUCACGGUCAUCAGCAAACCGAUCUGGCGAAAGGUCGGUAGUCCCAGAUUAUCACCAUCUACAGUGAAGGCGAAAACAGCAUCUGGGAACAUUUUGCCACUCGAAGGUGAAUUUCGCUGUGACGUCACCAUCGGCGGAAAUACUCGCAGCGAAAUUAUCCGUGUAACUGAAAAGCAGCUGCAACUUCUCGGAUCUGAUUUGGUCGAUAGUUUCGAUUUAUGGUCCGUGCCAAUGGAUACUUUUUGCUGUCAGGUAUCUAGUUCUUCGACUUCCAGCGCAGCGCUUAGUUCUGCAUUUCCAGAAGUUUUCAGUGAGAAACUUGGGCUCUGCAAUAAGGUACAGGUGAAGUUAGACGUAAAGGAUCAGUGCAAGCCCAUUUUCUGUCCUAAACGCCCGGUUGCGUACUCUAUGUACAACGCAGUCGAUCAAGAGUUGGACCGGUUACAGCAGCUGAACAUCAUUACACCGGUCGACUACUCGGAGUGGGCAGCACCAAUCGUCGUAGUGCGCAAAGCAAAUGGUGCCAUUCGUGUUUGCGGAGAUUAUUCUACAGGACUCAACUCCGCUCUUCAGCCUCACCAAUACCCGCUCCCUCUUCCGGAAGACAUCUUCGCUAAGCUGGCUAACUGCAAAGUUUUCAGUCAGAUCGAUCUUUCGGAUGCAUUUUUGCAAGUUGAGGUCGACGAGCAGUUUCGUCAUCUGCUCACCAUCAACACGCACCGUGGUUUGUUUCAUUACAAUCGUCUUCCACCUGGUGUAAAGGUAGCACCGGGUAUCUUCCAGCAGCUCAUCGACACCAUGCUAGCCGGGUUGGAAAAAGUUUCCGGUUAUCUCGAUGACGUUAUCGUUGGCGGUGAAGACGAAGCAGCUCACAACCGCAACCUGAAAGCAGUUCUUCAGCGAAUCCAGGAUUUUGGGUUCACCAUUCGAGCCGAAAAAUGUACCUUCGGCAAGAAGCAGAUACCGUAUCUGGGCUACAUUGUUGACCAUCGAGGUCUGCGUCCAGAUCCAGCCAAAAUCGAGGCAAUAGUGCAGCUUCCGCCUCCCACUGACGUUCACGGUGUACGUUCCUUCCUCGGGGCGAUCAAUUAUUAUGGGAAGUUUGUCCCGAACAUGCGAAUGCUUCGCUUUCCGCUGGACAAUCUGCUGAAAUCGCAGUCGAAAUUCCAGUGGACAACGGAGUGCCAGCGGGCAUUCGAGCGUUUCAAGCAGAUUCUCACCUCAGAUCUUCUACUAACGCACUACGAUCCGAAAAAGGAGAUCAUUGUUUCUGCUGACGCAUCGUCAGUUGGUGUUGGAGCCACAAUCAGUCACAGGUUCCCAGAUGGCUCCAUCAAAAUAGUACAGCAUGCUUCCAGAGCACUUACGAAGGCAGAACAGAACUACAGUCAACCGGAUCGUGAAGGUCUAGCUAUCAUCUUUGCCGUCACCAAGUUUCACAAAAUGAUCUUCGGACGACGCUUCUUGCUGCAGACUGACCACGCUCCGCUGCUCCGAAUCUUCGGGUCCAAGAAGGGCAUACCGGUAUACACAGCCAACCGGUUACAGCGCUUUGCCCUCACUCUACUGCUGUACGAUUUCACCAUCGAGUACGUUCCCACUGAUAAGUUCGGUAACGCCGACGUGCUGUCCCGGUUGAUAAACCGACACGCGCGACCAGAUGAAGACUACGUCAUCGCCAGCAUAAUUCUCGAGCAGGAUGUUAGGUCAGUAGCAGUUGAUACAGUAGAUGCGUUGCCUCUUACUUUCAGAAACGUCGCUCGAAGUACCCAAGCUGAUCCAGUUCUCCGGAAGGUCUACCGUUUUAUAACCGACGGUUGGCCUCAAACGAAAGCAAUCGAUCCGGAGCUAAAACGAUUCCAAGUCAGACAGGAAUCCCUCACUACCGUUGAUGGAUGCAUACUGUUCGCUGAACGGCUCGUCAUCCCAGCUCUGUACCGCAAGCGUUGCUUAGAUCAGCUUCACAAUGGUCAUCCUGGUACACAGCGUAUGAAGGCCAUCGCCAGGAGCUACGUCUAUUGGCCAUCCAUCGACGAAGACAUCGCCGGUUAUGUGAAAACAUGUCGGCAUUGUGCAGCGACUGCCAAGUCACCGCCUCACGCCGUCCCAGUGCCAUGGCCGAAGGCAUCGGGACCUUGGCAGCGUGUUCACGUAGACUUUGCCGGUCCCAUCGACGGUGAGUACUAUUUGCUAGCGGUCGACUCCUUCUCCAAGUGGCCGGAGAUAGUGCAAACCCGACGAAUCACUGCAGUAGCAACCAUCAGUAUUCUUCGAAGUCUAUUUGCAAGGCUCGGUAUGCCUGUAAUGCUAGUAUCGGAUAACGGUACUCAGUUUACGAGUGUGGAAUUUGCCAACUUCUGUGCUCUCAACGGUAUCGAGCAUGUCACAACGGCCCCGUUCCAUCCCCAGUCUAACGGCCAAGUUGAAAGGUUCGUUGACACCUUCAAGCGGGCCGUCAAAAAAAUUCAAGAGGGGAGAGGAUCCAUUGCUGAAGCUCUAGACACCUUCCUGCUAACCUACAGAAGCACGCCCAACCGCACUGGGCCUGAAGGUAAAUCACCGUCUGAGGUUAUGUUUGGUCGUCGUAUACGGACUUGUCUGGAGCUACUUCGCCCAUCAUCAGCAAUUUUACCAAUGACACCGCAUGUUCAGCAAGAUCAACAGCGAAGAUCGUUCAAUCGAAACGAACUGGUUUUCGCAAAGGUUCAUCACAGAAACACUUGGAAGUGGGUUCCUGGUGUUAUUCUGGAGAAGAUAGGUGAUGUGAUGUACAACGUUUUGGUUGAUCGUCGAGUUCUGCGUUCCCAUAUCAACCAGUUACGAUGUCGUACUGAGACUGUUUCACCCAACACCGGUCCUUUAUCGUCAGCCAGCAGUAGUACUAAAUUGUUGCCGCUCGACGUCCUUCUUGAUGCCUGGGAUCUACCGAAGCUUUCAGACAGUACAUCCGCAGUAUCAUCCGUUGGCUCACCGCAGUCUUUGGUUACGCAUAGCUCACAAUCGCCGACGUUACAGCCGAUGACACCGACACGUUUGUCUUCUACUCCCACAAGUGUUCCACUACCUCAGCUAGUGGCAAGUCCGUCGUCCUCGUCAUUAUCUUCAUCUACAGCAGCAUCAACGGAGUUCGAGUCAGCGACCGAAGCAGACCUGGUGGAGACUUUACCGCGUCGUUCCACCCGGACCAGAAGUCGGCCACAAUGGUUCGACCCGUACCACCUUUAUUAAGAGGGGAGAUGUUGCAGCCAACCAAACGGCAAUACUGGCUACACUGCCAUUAUGCUCUCGAGUGACAGUUAUGCUGCCACUGCGUUGACGCAUAUGUUGCAGUCAGUAGAUUACCGCCAGUCCAGCUAGAGAGAGAUUCAGAACAGUUGUCUAACAGGACAGACAACUUCUUUUAUUGUGUCUUGUGUAACAUGUCUUUAUUAAGUAUUAAAGUAUAGUGGUUCAGUUUUAAAAUGUGUCUAUUUAUUACUUGUCUGUAAGGACACGCAAAUACUGUUCUCUGCUGUCCAACCACACA